AUUCAUGUGUUGCAACACCCUGGAUGCUAUCUCACCAUCUGCAGCCUGGAGAUAGAGAAAGAGGAAGUGAUCGUAGAGUUGAGUCUCUGUCACAACAUUCACAGUUGCACAUACAGGUGGCAAUAAUCAUGAGUUGGAAACACCCCUCUUGGGUAAAUAAAUAAGAGCUCCUCCCUCCCUCCACCUUCAUCACAAUAGCAUCAUUCAAUCUUUAAUUCAUUUGAGAGUUGAGAGUGAGCGGAAUAUAUUUGUAUUCUACGAUUGAGGAGAAUGGCCAGCCCUGGAGUUUGCAUCAACUUGGUGAAUGGUACAUCGACGCGCCUCCCCACCAAUGCUGAUCUAGUAGUCCACUACCUGCACCGUCGCGCCAUUCAGGAACCGGUGCCCUGUGACUUCAUCACCAACGUCGACAUUCUCCAGCACAACCCCUGGGACAUCGUCCCUGCGGAGGAGAAGACAAAUGGGAAGUACUUCUUCAUCCAUGAGGAGAACGAACGCCUUGGCAACCACCACAGCAACCGUGCUGCUGGUGAUGGGUUCUGGAGGCCAGUAGGCUCAGAGGUGCCGAUAUAUCACAAACGUAGUGGUGGCGCUGAUGAAGCACUGGUGGGGAUGAAGCGCACCUUGGUAUUCCACUACGGGAAUUCUUCGUCCGCAAAGCGCACCGAAUGGGUGAUGCAGGAGUUCCGACUUGCUGGUGCUACCCUUAUACCUUGCCCUGUGACGAGGCCAGCCACCGGUGAUGGCUCCAUGCUUCCCUGCCACCGCACAGGAACGACCAUCGCCACGGAAAACAAUGGAAGUCCAUCAGCUGGACAAACUCAUGGCCCACUUGAGAAAACCAUGGUCGAACCUGAUAGUUCUUUGCGGAUAUGUCGCAUCUACAAGAAGAGGCAACGAACACCACAGUUCAUCAUCCCUCCAUCCAUUGGCGAUGCAAGGGAACUCAUCCUCGCCCUUCCUACAAUUGGCAAUACAAGGGAAGUCGCCCUCGCCCUUCCUGCCAUUGACUUCCUGGGGCAGCCAUCUUUCGAGGAAGGGAGUGAUGUGUCUGCCGAUGUCAUCACGGAUGACAAGGAUGGUUAUGGCCAUGGCAUGAACUAAAUAAAGGAAGCCACUCAGCUGUGUCCAGUAAAAAUUGCAAGCGGAGUGUUUCCUCGGUGCGAGAAAGACCUAUGACCUGUUUAUGUGUUUUAAUUUGAAGUUCAUGCUUGAUACUAUGUAUUCUAUUUAAUUAAGUCGGAGUACUCUAUGCUGUUCAAACUGGAGUCUAUGUUUUUCUGUUUAAGUUGUAGACAAUAUAUCAUUUAAUUAGUUUGGGGAAAGUAAAGUGUGCCUAUGUUCUAGCUUCUAGGAUGAGACGCAUUCGCCCCAGAUUCAAGAUCAAUGGGAGGUAGUUACCUGGUAGAGGUAACUGUUGUAACUGCCCUUCUUCAAUAUAUUGUGCUUUUGUGUUUUUUUCUUCCA